AUGGUUCACUAUAAACUAUCAUAUUUUGCAAAUCGCGGAGCCGGUGAAAUUCCUCGUCAAAUUCUGGCUGUUGCUGAACAACAAUUUGAAGAUGAACGAAUUACAAAAGAAGAAUGGCCAGAUAGAAAAAAUUGUAAGUUCAGUAGAACAUUUAAAUUUUCAAGGCAAUUCUGUUUAAAAAUGAGUUUUGUUGAUUUAUCGAUUUUUCAGCCACUCCAUUUGGCAAAUUGCCAGUUCUCACAGUCGAUGGAAAACAAUUGGCUCAAUCUCACGCAAUUUGUAGAUAUCUUGCUAAACAAUUUGGACUUCAUGGAAGUUCUGCAUGGGAAGAAGCUCAAGUUAACUCAAUUUCUGAUCAAUUCAAAGAUUAUGGUUCCGAAGCUCGACCAUAUUUUGCAGUUUUGAGAGGAUUUAUAGAAGGUGAUGCUGAUAAACUAAAAGAAGAAGUUUUCAUUCCAGCUUUCAACAAACAUUUCGAAUUUUUCUCAAAGAUAUUGAGAGAGAAUCCAAGUGGAUAUCUGGUUGGAGAUAAUCUAACUUUUGUUGAUUUGUUUUUAGCACAACAUGUUUGCGAUUUAUUGGACAAUGAUGAAUCAAUUUUUGAUAACUUGCCAGAAUUCAAGGAACAUCAACAAAAGGUUCAUUCGAACGCGAAUUUGAAGAAAUGGAUUGAGACAAGACCGAAAACUAAAUUUUGA